UGUUUUCGAUUUGUUCAGACUUCAGAGAGUGAUCAGGCUGGUCUCUCUCUGCUUUUCUUUUUCCUUUAUUUCUUUUUCCUUGAAUUUUCUGUUGUAAAAAAAAAUGACUGUAAAGUUUUUGUUCAUGAACCUUCAGUUUGACUUGCUUUUCAGGUUUUGGAGCCGUUAGAUUUUAUCUCCUUACUCAUCCCUGCAAAAUAAAAUAAAAUUAGGAACUUAAAUUUGAAGUAUUGUAUUAGUAGUUUGACUUUUUUUUGUUGUUUUGCAGUCACUGAUUUCAUAUUAUAUUUUUGCAUUUAAAUUAUUUUUCAUCUGUUCUUUUAAGAAUGUUAUUACGAUUUUUCAGAGAACGACGCAGCUUUUACUUUUGCUUUUUGUGUCUACCUAAAAUGCUUUUUUCGAAGUUUCUAGCCGUUGGAUUUGACGUUUUAUUGCAGGCUUUUUCUUUUUCACUGGAAAAGUAAAAAAAUUUAAUUGCAUUUGAAUUAUUUUAACCAUUUUCGGCCAUUUUUUAUAUACAUCUUCUUCUGAAACCGUUGAUUUGAUCAGAUUCUGGUUCUAAUAUCGAAUUCACUUCGAAAAACUUAAGAUUUUUUUUUUUUGGGGGAAAAACUGAGGGAUUGAAUUGCAGUUUUGGGGCUACAGUCUUGUGAGCUUCUUUGACGAGAGUUUUGGAAGAGAACUUAAGACCAUAUCAGGGGCUCUAAGCUUUGACAUUUUCAGAGCAUGUUCAUAAUCUAGAACACAAGGUGUAGGAUUCUUUUGGUGGAAAGUUUAGCUAAGAUGAACAAUGCCCUGGCUUGUCUGGUAGUUGUGCUCCUCAUUCAGUGCAAACUCAUUUCUGGGUCGAAUAUCUCAUCAACCAAUGAGAAUGAGGAUCAACCCGAAGGAUCAGCUAUGGAGAAAUGGACAUGCUCGUGUGCUUCAUCAUCUGUUGGCGGACAAAGUUUUGGUUUUGGCACUAACUGUUCUACAGCCUGCAAUUGUACCCCUGGCGAGCCUUCAAUGGCGGCAGACGGGAGGCCAAGCAUAAUAACAUGGUCAUGCAUAUGUGCUUAUGAGGGAAUCAUCAGGUCACAAAGCUACAUUCAUGAUUCCAGUUGUUUUUCAUCUUGCAAUUGCACAUCUGGUAAAAUGAACACAUCAAAAGAUUCAAAGCAUCACAUUUCUAGCAAAGUUUUUAUAGCUACGUUGGUGCUAUGCGCUGUAGUGACGACAAUUGUUCUUCUUGCUUCAUUAAUAUUCUAUAUACGACAUAAGGAUAAGUACUCAAUCCAGAGUCCAAUAUUCUCUACCGGCAAGGAUGGAAGUUCAAAUAGCUUUACUAACUUAUUGAGCCAUAGAUCAACUGGAACAUCAGAAGUUCAACUGCAUUACAAUUCGUGCUUUGACCCAAUCUCAGGAUGUAUACACAGGGCUUCUUUCAUGUUUAGAGGCAAGAAAGAUACCUUACCUGGAAUGGUUACUCAGUUUUCCUACUCUGAAUUAGAGCAAGCCACAAAUAAGUUCUCCAAUGAUAACAUUAUCGGUCUUGGAGGAAGCAGCAAUGUUUAUUAUGGCCAGCUCAAAGAUGGAAAAACUGUUGCCAUUAAAAGAUUGAUAGCUCGCAAGGGCUCUGAUGCUGAGGUUGGGUUUUUAACUGAGAUUGAACUAAUAUCAAGGCUGCAUCACUUGCACAUCGUGCCAUUAAUUGGGUAUUGCUUGGAGUCAAGGGGAAGGCUUGCUGAGAGGCUUCAAGUAUAUGAAUACAUGCCUAAGGGUAAUCUCAGGGACAAUUUAGAUAGAGGAGAUGGAAAAGAACCAUUAGACUGGGUGACCCGAGUAAGCAUCGCGUUGGGAGCAGCUAAAGGUCUUGAGUAUCUCCAUGAAGCAGCUGCUCCAAAGAUCUUGCAUAGAGAUGUCAAAUCUAGCAACAUUCUUUUAGAUUGCAAUAGGAAAGCUAAGAUAACUGAUCUUGGAAUGGCCAAGGGGAUUAGCACAGAUGAUCACCAUAGCUGCCCAAACUCUCCAGCAAGGAUGCUUGGAACAUUUGGAUACUUUGCUCCAGAGUAUGCCAUUACAGGAAAAGCGUCACUCAAAUCUGAUGUCUUUAGCUAUGGAGUUGUGUUGCUUGAGUUAAUUAGUGGUCGACCACCAAUCGAUGCCUCUGCCAAGCAAGGCCAAGAAAGCCUUGUGCUAUGGGCUACUCCGUUGUUACAACAGAGUAAGCGUGUGCUCUCUGAGCUGGUGGACCGAUCACUCGAGGGCAAAUUUGAAGAGGAGGAGCUCUUGAUAAUGGCUUCCUUGGCAAGAGAAUGCCUUAACUGGGAACCAGGGUCAAGGCCAUCCAUGGCGGAAGUUGUUCACAUUCUCUCCACAAUAUCACCUGACUACAAUCUUAAGAGGAGUUUCCCCAGCAGUUAUUAUCAGAGUGCCCAUUUCAACACUGGUGGUUCACAAUGGCUCCAUGAUUUGGUCAGCUCAGAGAAAGCUGGUACCCCAAAGCUCACAAAGGCGAGCUCAGAGCGAUGGUCAUCAAAUCGCCAGUCUCUGCCUCUGACUCUGGAAAAGGCGAUAAUGUGCAAAGAAGACGAAAAGAAAGAGGUUUUGGCAGCUGGGUACGUGGAGAGAUUGGUGCUCUUGACUUCCAGGGCUCGGAGCUGGAGAUCAGUGGAGGGGGAAUCUGCGGUUGACCUGACUGAGCCAAGGUUUGAGAGUUUUUGGCAAGCCAAUGUUCAGUCCCUUUGAUGAAAGAGUAGGUUUUGGAAUUGGUUGAGAGAGAGAUUCCUGGCUAUAGAGCGAUAUGAAAGACUGGAGCACUUAAUUGGCAAUGGCCUCUCUGAGAGAGAUGAAUAGAAAUUGGAGUCAAAAUCAAGAAGAUACCUUAAAACAAGAGAGAGAAAGAGAGAGGUAUACAAAUUGGAAUCCAAAUCAGGAAGAUAACUUAAAAAGAGAGAGAUGUAUACAAAUAGGAAUCCAAAUCAAGAAGAUACACCUUAGAGAGAGAGAGAUUCCAUACGAGUUCUAUUUGUACAGUGGGGUUCUUUUCUCAUAUUUUGAGGAGUGGAAAUAGCCAAGUAAAUCAUUGUCACAGAUGGGGAUCUUGUAAUAUUUUAUGAAGAGGAUGGCAUCUCUAUGUUUUCUUCUGUUCCGGAGUGGGGGUUGUAUUGAAUAAAAGAAAAAUAGAAGCAAAAUUAUUGAUUUUUUAAUAUUUUUGUUUUUGUUAA